GUUUAUGUAGUUUUUCAAACUUUUUGUCAAUAACUACGAUUUGAAGCUAAUUACACAGGAAGAAAAUAUAAUCGGUACCGAAACUUCAACUUAGUGUUCAUAUUCUUGUUUGGAACACACAGUUAAUUGCGUACCUAGUACACUCAAGAUGUCUAUGAUUCUUCUGCUGAUAUUCAUUCUUGGGAUCAAGCAUGCAGUUGCCAAAGAAGAUCAAGGAGAUCAGUCAUUCAUAGCCCAUACAGCUCUAAACGAUCUACACGAUGAUACAGACAUAAAAUUUAUUAAAAUAGACGAAGACAACAAGGUUACCAACGGUGACGACAACAUGGUUUCCAACGGUGACGACAACAAGGUUACCAACGGUGACGACAACAAGGUUACCAACGGUGACGACAACAAGGUUACCAACGGUGACGACAACAAGGUUACCAACGGUGACGACAACAUGGUUUCCAGCGGUGACGACAACAAGGUUACCAACGGUGACGACAACAUGGUUUCCAACAUGGUUCAAUUGACAGAAGGAAAUGAAGAAAUUGAAAAAUAUAACUCGUGUUUUAUGAGUGUGGCCAACAACAGUGCUUCGUUUUUUAAAGCUCAUCUUGAAUUAUACGAACCUAACUUUGUACAAUUCAAAAUCAAAUUUGUAGUUGGAAACAGAAAAUCCUCGAUGAAACCCCUGAUAGAGCACACGGAAAAUGCAUUAGAACCAUAUAAAUGGGUGUGGACAUUCAAAUCUCCGAAAAGCUCGUUUCCGUAUCUGAAAUGGCGUAGCGAUUUUGGUAUUUUGUCAUUUGGUCUACUAGACGCGAAGACGACAAGGACAAAUUUAAUACUAUACGUGGAAGUUCCGGACUCCGAAUGUCUGUUAAAAUUAUGGGACCAAACAACGAUCAACCGAUUCGGCCAAGCUUUGCGUAAUAUGACCGUGAACUAUUUAUCGACACUGAACAAGUUUUACAACUAUUCAUACUUUUGCUAUCAUUCUGAGAUUCGUGGCAUAAGAGACACAGUCGGAUACCGUUCGUCAAUAUAUUUUGGUUACCCAUAUGACUUUGAACGAUACAAGUGCUGCAACACCUUUCUAUCAAAACAAAACCAUGAAAUUGAUUGCUCACAUCCACCGAUCAAAAGAUUUAGAGAUGCCGGCCAAGCACCAUUUGCUCUCGGACUGGUUGCUUUUACUUAUUUUCCAAUUCUUCUGUUCUUGAUUGGUGGGAAACUUUUGGCAAUAAACAGGAAAUAUAGCCGUGAAAGUAUCCCUAUGCAAGAUUUCUCCACUUCCAGCUAUGUCAAUAUUGACCAGUCGUAUGAUAACUAUGUGUACUUAAACGGCGAAUAUCCUGUCAGUGCAUUUGCUAUUUUGUGUGGUUUAUGUGGUCUGGCUCAGAAAUGUCCUUUCGGCGUUUCACGCCUUCGUAGAGUUUUGUUCACAUUAUUAACACCAUCGGUUAUCUUCUUUCAGAUAUAUAUUUAUUACAUAUUCAAUUAUGAACAUAUAAUGGUACUUUUAAACAGAAACUGUCCUAUGGCCUAUCUGUCAAUGCUUGGGGGAUUCGAGAAAAGCUUAAACAAUUUUAUGCCUCAAUUCGGAGGACCAUAUUGUUUAUUUGCCGGAUUUUAUAUCGCAAGUGUGGUUUUUCUUAUACUUCCUACAUCUCCAGAUAAAAUCGUUCAAGCUGGAACAUAUAGAUACACGACUUUCGGUGAAAUUUCUCCACUUUUUUUGAACAUAGAAACUAUAGAAAAACUUAGCCCUUACCCUGUGACGAAUACCGUCGGAUACAGCCGUGUUUCACUUCUAAGUUUAUCGAUGUUCUACAUGGUUGCCAACCCCAAAUUUUGGUCCUACGUUAUUCAAAUACAAAAAAGACGUGUACGUGGUAAUGCCGGCCAGCACCGAGCAAUAUGCAUUUUAAAAGUAUUGUUCUUGCCCCUGUAUAUAGUGGUUUGUGUUGUCGAACUUGUUUUAUGUACUUCCUAUUAUGGAUUUUCUAUUGUAAAUGUUUUAUGUAUGGUUUUUGUUGGAUACACGGUUACUCUUUUGAAUUUACUGUUCAAUGCUUCCACGAGGCGUAAUGAAAACUCAUUUGCAUUUUUACUGUCAGAUAACAUUAUUCUAAAAGUUUUCUGUUGCACCAUUGUUGCUGUUACGUUUUUAUACUAUGUUAUUAGCUUCUGCUCAAUGUUUCUUGUAAGUUUCUGUUUUGUGUCCAAGUUAAUUUUAUUUUGCUUCUUAGCUGUAAUCACAUUUCCUGCAACUUCUUUCGGUUAUUUAUUCUUUGGUGUUGUGUUUCUAUAUUAUAUCGUUAAGAUGUUCCAGAAGUUUUCCGAUGGCUACUUUGAACUGCUAGCUGAUGCAAUUGAAGCUAGUCUUCAGCUAGAAUCUGAAGUGCAGAGGACAACGGUUAUUGAUGGCACUGUUGUUAUUGGUGUUGAGAAUCUAGUUGAAAUUACCAAACUACAAAUAGGUGACAGAACAAUUAAUUUGUCCACCGAUCAGCGUCGGGCCAUAAGAGAAGGAUCGCACUUAGUUCGGAAAAAACUUCACACUAAGGACCAUUCUUUUGGCAUUCCGAGAGACUUGUAUUAUCUUUUGGUUGAAAAGUACAGACCCGUAUAUAAAGAAGUCACUAAAACAUUGUUAAAGAUACUGUUCAUAUUGGUGUUGAUCGAAAUCACGUUGCGAAUAGUUGUGAAGGACAACAAAGGACAAAGCGAGGAACUCUCUGAAGUAAUGCAUGUUGUGUUUAUUAUGGUGAUAGGAGCAUUACCUAGAAUUCUAGAGGUUGCACUAGAUAGUGUGUUGGGAUCUAUUAAGAAGGACAUAGAGAUCAAGAAGAUUAAAGGCACAAUACUAGAAUACUGGGCAAACCACGUGCCUGAAUAUUGCGAAGACUGAAAUAAUAAUAAGAAUAAUAAUAUAUAUAUAUACAAAAGAAAGAAAAGAAACACCAGAAAAAAACCGCAUAGGUGUAUGCACAUGCACAUAGUUAUAAUACUCUAACUUAUUAUCCCUUAGCUGAAUAAGCAAGAACACAAGCAGCAGAAGCAUCAACAGCAGCAUCAGCAGCAGUAAAUACAGUUUGAUUAAACACUACAAAUUUUAUUGAGUACGGUUUAAGCAUUAAGAAAAGCACUGGACAUGUGGUUUGGUCCUUUAACCAAAAUGUCUAUGUCGUUGCCGGACCCAGAUAUAUAGGAUCUGACACGAGUUG